UCCCCCAAUAUAUAUAGAAUACUACGAUGACUAUCUAAUUUAGACAGCCUACCUAUAUCUGCGAUUGAAAAAAAAACUAUAGCAGAAUGCUUAAGAUAACACAAGUCUACAAUUGACGCAUGCGUGGUAGUUGUUAAGACUUGGCAAAACAACUCCAUAAACCGUUCUUCUUCUUCUGAUGUUUUAUGGCGGUUGGCAAACAGCUUUUGGUGCAUUACCGUCACAAACCGGUCAAAUACUCUUGAUAGUUGUUAUUGCGUAGCUAUUCAUUGCCUCAGCAGUCUUUGGUAUACGUUGCACAGAAAGAAACCACAGAGAACAUGGCAGUAGAAAAGCUCAGGAAAGAAGACACUCUCGCAAUGAGGAAGAGACUGAUCGGGCAGUCAUGUAGACUGUUUUAUUCAGACGACCCUGUGAAAAUAGUAAGAGCAAGAGGACAAUAUCUAUUCGAUGAGAAUGGCCAGCGCUAUCUGGACUGUAUCAGUAACGUUCAUCAUGUGGGCCAUUGUCACCCCAGCAUUACAAAAGCUGCAGCAGCACAAAUGGACAUCCUGAACACAAAUUCACGAUUCCUACACGACAACAUAGUCCUGUAUGCAGACCGCCUGUCUGCCACCCUGCCUGAGAAACUGUGUGUCUUCUACUUCGUUAACUCUGGUUCAGAGGCCAAUGAUCUUGCCCUACGCUUGGCACAGCAGUACACCCAACACAAGGACGUCAUUGUGCUUGACCAUGCAUACCAUGGGCAUCUAAUGUCCCUCAUCGACAUUAGUCCUUACAAGUUCCGGAAACUGGCAGGACAGAAAGAAUGGGUUCAUGUGGCACCCUUACCAGACACCUACAGAGGAAUAUACAGAGAGAAUCACCCCAACCCAGGCCAAGCAUAUGCUGAUACAGUAAAAGACCUAAUAGAGGAGGUGCACAGGAAAGGGCGUAAGAUCUCUGCCUUCUUUGCUGAAUCGUUGCCAAGUGUUGGAGGACAAAUCAUCUUGCCCCAAGGAUACUCCGCUAAAGUUGCAGAAUAUGUGCACUCAGCUGGUGGAGUGUUUGUGGCAGACGAGGUGCAGACAGGCUUUGGACGCGUGGGAAGUCACUUCUGGGGUUUCCAGCUGCAGGGCGAGGGUUUCUGUCCUGACAUAGUGACCAUGGGCAAACCAAUGGGCAAUGGGCAUCCCCUUGCAUGUGUGGCAACCACUGUAGAGAUAGCUGCAGCUUUCACAGCCAACGGAGUGGAGUACUUCAAUACGUUUGGAGGGAAUCCAGUGUCCUGUGCAAUUGGCCUGGCAGUCCUUGAUGUGAUAGAGAAAGAGGACCUAAGAGGAAACGCCACACGGGUGGGAGCACAUCUUAAAGAUUUGCUCACAAAGCUACAAACACGACAUCAAAUAAUUGGUGAUGUCAGAGGCACAGGACUGUUUGUGGGUCUUGAGCUGGUGACAGACAGGGAGCAGAAGACUCCUGCCACAGAAAAAGCAGCAUGGGUGGUGAAAAGGUUGAAAGAUGAAAAAAUCUGUGUCAGUACAGAUGGCCCCUGGGAAAACGUUGUGAAGUUUAAACCUCCUAUGUGCUUUACUAUGGAAGACACAGAACUGGUGGUACAAUGUAUAGACCGCAUCCUCACAGACAUGGAAGUCAGUGACCUUAAACUGGAAAAGGAAGACAUCUAAGGUGUUCAGUACCACUGUAAAGUUAUGACUUCACUGAUGAAACAGCCAAUAGGAGGUACAAGAACGGUGGUGCCAACAGCACGUCAUAAUGUGGGAGAUGACCAAUAUAGAAGAUGCUGCUGCUAAUGUGACACUAAUCAACUCCCAGAUUAACAUUUUUAAAUCAAGGAAUUAAUAAAGUUAAUUUUUAAAA